AUGGGUCCGCUCGCAGCAGCGUAUCACCUGAGACAGGUCGAACGGGAGCAGGCAUGGCGAGACCAGUACGAGCGCGAGGCGUCGAUAGCGGCCUACGUCGAGUCGCAGCAGCGAGCGGCUUAUGUCGAGCAGCAGCGAGCAACUUGCGUCGAGCAGCAGCAGGCCCAGCUCGACCAGCAUCAAAUGGUCCAAGAGCAGGCCAGUCGUGAGCAGCAGUGCCAACAGCACCUGUACAGCCAUGAAGCCGCGAUGGCCAUGUCGGUGCAGGCUCGUGAUGCGCAACUUGCCGGCAUGGUCCAAAAGCUUCAGCAGAUGCGGCAAGACCUCGCGACCGCUCUCAAGGAGAACGAAGAACGGAUGCUAAGAAGGGCGGCCCGCAAGGCCAGGAAGGCAACAGCGGCUACGACGAAGCCAAGCUGUGUGGAGCUGAUGCUCCACGGCAAGCCCGAGACGGCCGUUUAUGUUCCCGAAGUUCAAGUGCAGUAUGUACAAGCCCAUGAUCAGCAGGCGCAGUGCGCAGCGCUCGUGGAAGAGACGCAGCGUCAAGAUUGUCAGUUGUCGAUCUCGGUGGGCAAGCAUGUGCAGCCUGAGCAGCAACACUGCGCCGCAGCUGGCGCGCAAGAUGAGGGCAAGACUGGCACGACGACGGUUGAGAACAAGGCGACAACGGUCAAUGCGUUCAAGGACAACGCACCAACGCGCGCGCUCGAGUGCCUCGAAGCCAGCGCGCGGCCUGACGAAGAAGCAGCGGUCAUGGAGACUGUGUGUGCGACUACGUCCGGGCCUGAGGCAGCUCAUGAGAGCAAGGGCCUCAUGAAAGACGCAGACCAUGAGAUCAAGGUCGGCGAGAAGAUGCUUGGCAAGAAGACGACCAAGCGAUGCGGCGAGGCGUCGCAUCGGGGGAGCACCGUCGGCAAGGAGUCGGGGCAACGCAAGUGCCAGGCGAACCCAGACAGUACGUGUUACGAGCUUCGCCCAGUCAAGCAAGCUCGUGGGGGCGGGGAUGCGAUUCCCUCUCCGGCAACCGUGGCGAUGAGCAAAGCCGCGAGCGAAGCCGUCAAGAAGGCGGUGCGCAAAGUACGCUGGCUGGACGAGGAGAGUCCUCAAGUCGCCGCAGCAGACAGCGUCCUGGUCGAGCGUGUCGAGAAUGGCAAGCAGCACGUCAACCGCGCUGUGACAGCCGAGGUGUCUCAGGAAUCGGAUAUUCUGGGGCGAGGCCUUGCGCAGACGACCGUGUCGACGGUCAGCGAAGGCUUUAUGUGCAACCUCGGUGUCGUGGUCGAGGAGCGCGGCGACGAUGUCGCUGCAGCGUGCGGUGGACCGUCACGCGGCCAUCAGCUGGUUGACUCGGUGGAUGUCGACUGCAACGGCGGCAGCACCCGACAGCGCAGUCAACGCGAGGAUGUCAGGAUGACGAAGCACGACCUGCGCAGCGGUGUGACCGCUACAGCGUCGGGCUCGGAAGACGCCGACAUGCCGAGUCGAGGCCGGCCUGCGACGGAGUGCGCAGUGCCACCCGAGCGCGACAAGGGGUGGUCAACCGAGGAUGCUUUGUCCAAGGUGGCCGAAAGCUCCUCUCAGACCAAGGAUGGUGGCGCGUGGAGCGUGCGUCAGAGCUCGACCGAGACGAUCAAGCAGUGUGGUCUGCAAGAUGUGGUGUGCAAGAAGCGCACGCUGUGGGACGAGUCGCCUUCGUCGGCGACCGAUGUCCGUCUCGACCUCACACGCGUCGAGAUUCUCGAAGUGCACGAGUGCUAUGGCGGUGGUCCUAUCGGCAAGCCGCCGUGGGAAAAGCCCACAGAACCAACCAACGAGGCACCAGUAGCCCAAGCCCGACCAGACUUGGAGCCAUUGCCACAGCCAAUUCAACUUCUGGGGGUGGUGAGCCGCCAGUUCGAAGAGUUCUCAAGACUCUUCUCCGGCGAUCAACUCGAAGACGAUCGGCAUGUGCAAGUGGCGUCAACUACGCGCGGUUUACCCGUGGACAUGAUCAACGACAUGACGGUCAGUCCCUCCGAGUCCAACUGCAAGUGGCAAGGACUCGUGAGCAUCACGGUGAAGGCUCGGAUGAUCGAGCAGCCCGAUGCCACUGCAGACCAAGCCAUGGUUGGCAGCAAGGAGCUAGCUGACAAGGCGAUGGACACUGACGGUCGUCGGCAAUGUCCUCAGUGGCUCUACACGCAGACGGCGAUGGAUGCGCAUCAGUCGCUGCCGAUGGUCGUCGGCGAGUGUCUGGAGCAGCAAUCGUGGCAAGACGUCAAGGCCGAUGUUGGAUCGAUCGAUGAGAAGCUCGAGGUGCCCAACGACGACGGGAUCAUCUACAACAGCCAUAUGGCGCAGCCGCGAGGCUUCUUCCAGGCAACCGAGGAAGACGAUACCAGUCUGUGCGUCUGCCUCAACGAUCAAGGUAUUAGUGGCGACAUCACCACGACAGGUGAGGUCUGCCAGUGUGUUCCCGGCGAAAGGGAUCGCGAGCAAGUGUGUUAUCUCACGGCCAUGGAGGCUGUGACGCGUACGAUGCGCUUCCGCUACAAGUCCCUCAACGUGCUGGGCGCCAAGACAAGGACGCCCGGAUGGUGUCCGCUUUGGUGCGAUGACAAGGCGUCGUCGACCAGCAAUGUCCCGAGCGAGUCGAUCGGUAAUCGACUGGCGCUCCCGACGAGUUGCGCAAUCGUCGAUACCACAACGGAGCAAAGUGUCCAGAUGGAACCGCUCUCACUGUCGGCGAAGGGCAACGACGAGGUGUCGUUGUCUGUCAAGGCUGCCUUUAAGUCGACGAACGCAGGAUGCGUCUCGGAAGGGGCUGGCCAUUGCGGCUGUGUCAAGGACAUGUCGCAGAAGUUGCCGACGGAGCUCGGUGACAACAAGCGCAACAAGGAACGCGAUCGCCUCCAAGCCAGUGCCGACAAGAAGCGUGCGGCAAGGGGCGACGAAGCGCUUGUGGGCAAGGCUGCCCAACAUUAUGCGACGAUGUCGCAAAUCCAGUGGCGUGGACUGCAACUGACCCUCGUGGUGUCGGACGAUGCAAUUGUCCGUGCUCACGAUAAGGGCAGCGUUGCGACGUCUGCCCACGAUGCAUCGCGCGUGGAGUCGCUCCCGACGGAGAACCUCAUCGUGCCGCAAGCGAUGAUCGACCAUGUGACCAGCAACCAAGGCGGUCUGCAGGUUACGGCGAUUAUCCACGGCGAUGACGCGCGAGGCAAGACGCAGAAGAUGCAGUGGGACAACUGGCGGGUUCUGAAGCCAGCGGUUCAACAUGUCCUCAACUAUGCGCCAAGGGCGCGGCUGGGUGGGAAGGCUCCCGCCACGGUGAUGACCGAGCCGCUGCCAAGCAAAGUGCUCGACGCUCCCCUCCACGAUGGCAGGAUCGAAGUGUCGCAGCAGCUCGAAGAGUGGAAGAAGCCCAAGCUCUUCGACGAUCAGGCGCGAGCUCAAGGCGAGCUCCAUCGUACGACCAAGGUGGUCGGCGAUAUGCGACGGGCAGUUGAACGCAACGCCAAGGCCAAUGUCAAGGGCAUACGCUUAACGAUCGGCGACUACUGGCUUGGGCCAGGACGCGUUGUCGAAGCCCUCCCCGACGACAUCUUCAAGGUCGAGGAACCGUUCGAUGGGUCGGAAUCCAUCCAUCAUAUCUCCCGGCUCGAGAUGUUUGCCGCCAAGGUUGUCAACGUGACGCAAGUCCCCGAAGGACACACCGCGUAUGUCGAAGGCGGACAUCUCGUCGACGAGCCCGAUGGCCGCAAGUUCAGCUGUGGACUGUGGUCCUUGCGUGUCAAGUGGCGCGGGUCGGACAAGCUCGAGAACGCGCGGAAGCCAGCGGCGAAGCUCCUCAAGGAUGAGGUCAGGAUGGUCGAGGACUGUCUCAAGGCAAAUGUGUCCAAGGCGGCCGCAGGCAAGCGCAAGGAGGCGUUUGAAGAAGGCGCGAUGCGAGCGCCGGGCAAAACCAUGGGGGAAGUGAUGUGCACGGAUCGGAUCGACCAAGGCCGGAAAACGACGAGCGAGCGCCACGAGCUGCCGACCAAGAUCACGUCCCUCAACCGACUUGGUCGCCAGCGCAUCGCGAUUCGCGAUCCGCGGGACAAGGUGCCGGCGCGGCCACUCGUGUUGGGCGAGGAGCCGGAGAAGCCGACGAAGAGCGGGCUGCUCGGGCUGCUCUUGAACGUGGUGCAAGUGCAGCUGAGCGACAUGCGCCGCCUUGACGACAAUCGUCUUGCCGACAACGCUCUCGGGCUACACCUCUACUCGACGCCGACGACGGCCUGCAAGGUGCAACAAGCCGUUAUCUCCGACCCGUGCUUCGCGCCUACAUCUGGUUCAACAACGCCUGGCGAGUCCGGAACGAUCGCGUCUUCCGCGCUGACGUCCUUGGCCGCGUGGAGCAUGCCCCACAUGUCCUUGAUGAAGGGGCGGUCGACGAGGAAGUGA